CCCGCCUAUCAGCAACAGUCGCCAGCUGUUACAGUAACCUCUUCCUUCACUCUUUACCUUCACUUUUUACUUUCAAACUGACAUCAUGUAUUGUUCCGGUUUUCUUCUUUUAACUUGAAUCUUGAAACUGAGCCUCUUUAUAGGAAUCAACAUAUCCAUUCAUUUGUCCAUCCCAAACCUUUCACCAUGCUUGGUCAGCUCUUUCCCGGUGAGCCCUAUUCCACUCUGUCCAACACACCUUCCUGGAUCCCAGCACCCCACCCUCAGCUCUUUCGCUCACGCUCUGAGUCUGUAGACUGGAGGCGUCUUGCUACCCUUGAUGUGGACCGGGUUGCACGGGAAAUAGAUGUCGGUGUGCUUCAGGAUUUCAUUACAACCGUAACGUUCUGUGAUGUGGUGGGUGAGUGUUGUCCGAACUGCCGUGGGCCUGCUGAUCCUUCUUUGAUCAAACUGCUCCGAAUGUCCCAGCUGAGCACAGAGUUCCUGCUCCACUGUCAAGAUUUCCUGGGCUCUCAGCUGUCAGGACUGGAGGAGCGUCUGCAGGGGAUGCUCUCUCAGGCCCAGCGAGAGGGAGAACAACGAGUAGAACUAGAGAAAAAACUGCAGGAAACCAAGGUGGAGAUGCGGCAAAAAAAGAAGUUGAUCGCCACUCAACAGCUCCUCCUGCAGGCCAGCUCUAAUAAUUUUCACAAGUGCCAUUUCUGUGAAAAAUCAUUUGUUAAUUACUCCUACUUACAAGCACAUGUUCAGCGACGACAUCCUGAGGUCACAGAUGCAGAGAGGCAGAAGAAGAGGCAGGUAGAACAGAUGGAGGAUGGGAUAGAAGAGCUGAAAGAGAGACUAAGAGUGAUGCAGAUGCAGCUACAGGCAGAGAGAGAAAUGGACAGUUUGAGGCAACAGCAGGAGCAAGAGAAGCAGCUAAGAAGAGAACAGUCAGAGAAAGAAGCUCUGGACAGAUGGAAAGAGGAGGAGAGAAGAAAUUUUCAGCAGGAAAUUGGGGAGCUGAGACAGCUCUUUUUCCAGGAAUCUAAAGAUAUGGCAAGCAAGAACACAUCCAUAGAGGCUAAACUACUGGAGUUGCAAAAUAGAGAGGUGGAUGCAUUAAGCAAUGUUUACAAGAACAAAAGCUUUCAAGAAGAGAGCGACCACGAGAAAAAAAGAAGAGAAAACAGAGAGAAAGAGCUAAAAGAGAGAAUGGUCCAGAAGAAAAGUGAAUGGAGGAAGAAGUUUCAGGAAGCACAGAAAAGACACCAGCAGGAGAAAGAGGAGCUGCAGAGUGAGAAUGCCAGGCUUCUGAAGGCCGUGUCUGUGAAGCAGAACUCUGGCUCCAGUCUACAGAAACUCCAACAGCAGGUUGUAUCUCUCUCCUCUCAGCUGAGACAGAAGGACAGACUCAUCAAAUCUCAGGAGGCGAAGAUUAAAAAACUGUCAGCCAUGUCUGUAGCAGUUCCAGUGGUUUCUCAGAAUGCCCAAGAUUCUCCUGAGGAAAAAGAGGAAGAAGAUGCAGAGAGCCUGGAGGACUCAGGAGAAGCCCAGUGGAAGAUUCUAGAAUCAUUCACUGAAAACCCAGAGCUGAUGAGAGAGCUUAGAACCAUCGUAGAAGAAUUGCUGGAGGAAAAACUGGAGAAAAUUGGACUGUGGAAGGGUACCAAGGGCAUCUCAAAGCAAACUUUUAAGAGUCUGAGUGCUCUGUUGACUGGUCAGCGGCUGCAAAGAUCCAGACAGCAGCCAGACCUUCAGAACCUUAGGGACAACCUGGCACAUGAGGUCACCAAGCGUGUAAAAGGCCUACAGAAGAGCCAGGGGAAAUCAGCGCCCAGCACUUUGAAACAGAGAGAAAAGAAAAAUUCAACCCCAGUGAAGAACAAAAGGCUUAGAUCCAGCUCAAAGCCAUCCAUUCAAAGAGCCAAAACCCAGCAGUCACAAGCACUUACUCCAAUACCCACCCCACGCUCCAGAGCACCUCCUCAGGUUCAGACUCCACCAAAACGGCAAAAAAAGAAUAGCACACCUCCUUUCAGUUCAGAGGAGGACGAGUCAGUUGAGAACAGCACCUACAUCACCAGCUCUCGGGGCAAGCCCUCCCCCUCAGUGCGACUUGUCCAAUCAGGCUCACUGCUUAACCCAACUGCUGAGCUUGAUUGGUCAGAUAGCGAAGUUUCAGAGGCAUCAGGCUCACCCAAACUCCUCAAAGCUCCCAGUCCACAUGGUUUUGUUGUCCAAACUCUGACAAGAAGCUUGGAAAGACAGCUAAGCAAACCAGUCAAUAAGCCUGUGGGCGGGACUAGAGUUUUGCCACCAGCCUCCGACCCCUCCCCUCGCCCCACCAUUGUAAAGCAGCGAGCGCUACCUGAUGAGGAGAGUGAUUUGGAGCUGUCUUCCAUAGAGGAGCUCAUAGCUCCCCCAGCAGGUGUGCAGAGGAGUUCAGAGGUGGGUGGGACCUCAGGAACCAGCGUAUGGAGCUCUGCAGCCAGCAGAGCUGGGGCGUGGUGAAGUGUGAUGGCACUUGAAUUCUUUUCAAACAAAUGCACAUUUUUACUGCAAACCGAACUUCUCACAUAGACUCACAUAAAAUACACAAAAACAAAAGCCAUAAUUAAAGGGCUUAAUGCAAUAAGAAAUAAUUGUCCCCACAAAUUGCAGCCAAAACAAUCAGCUAUGACAUAACCUUCAAGUACUUUGUUUUUGUAAAUGGUGCACUAACUUAAUAAUGCCAAAUGUAGUUCAUAAUGUGCUUCAUUUUUAGCAGCCAAUCAAGAAUACAAAUUUGUAUUAGUGUAUAUGAGCCAUUUUUUACUGUUACACCAUGUCCUAACCAGACACGACGCGAUACAAUUCCGGAAACAAGCAGUUUGUCUGCACACUGGAUGGGACAUGGCACAACACCACUCCUAUACUUAAAUGACUAAUAAAAUAAAAAUCAGAACAUG